GACGAUGAAUUUGCAACUCUAUUCUCCAUCGUCCCAUCAGCAUGAAAGAAUCAGGAAACGAGCACCCCUGUUAUGUCCCACCAGAACUGGUGAAUUGUUCAUCAAAAGCUUACAAUGUGACGUACCAAUACUAUUGCUAUUUGAUGGAGUUGAAGCAGGACUACAAGUAUGAAGUGUUCGUUCGUGACAUUGUACUUGCAAUUAGGUCUGAACUUGACCCCCAAAUCAUAGACGCAUUAUCAGGCACAUCAUUUGUUGUUGAAAGGGGAAAAUUGUCACUCAACCUUUCGCCUGCCAAACGCAUUCAACUUAGCCCUGAAGAGGUUGAGCAAUGUAGAAGAUUUCAGACUACCCUGUUUAGGAUCCUGCUGAAUCGGGACGAAAACGAGUUACCAAGUGCUUCAGAUAAUUUCAGUUUCGGAGAUAAUCCUGAAUUUGAUUAUCUUCUGCUCCCAGCCACAGUUGAACACCAGAGUCCUUCAAAUUCAAUUAUUGAUUGGAAGUCUGUAAAAUCUUUUCCUUUUUCAUCAGCAAGUACAUGUGAUUGCAAUUGCAAGGAUCAUGCAUGUGACGUGAGGAUAAAAAAUGGUUCAGUUUGCUCUUGCAAACUUGAAAACUGUGUUGUCUACACUCCUCAUAGUAAGUCUUUCUAUACCAUGACUCCUAUAAUAUGGGAUUUGAAUGGCAACUCAACACUACGACACCUUGGUCGUCAUGGAACUGCCACAUACAAGGAGCACUUCAAAAACAAGCACGGGAUUGAUUUGCGUUUUCCAGAACAAUCUCUACUUCGUGGAAGGAAAGUUUUUGAAGUCGGGAAUUACCUUUUGAAGGAUAGGAAAAAUAAGAAUAAAGGAGAAAAAAUGGGUUCUGAAGAAUUGCCGCCAGAACUUUGUUCCGUAAUCAUGUCACCAAUAUCAAUUGGUACCGUAUAUUCAUUUUCUUUUAUGCCAUCAAUCAUGCAUUGGCUUGAGGGCUUGCUCGUCGCUUUCAACUUUAAAAAGAUGUUCUUGGAUCAUUGCACAAAAAAUGAUAUCCCAAUCAUCAAGGUAUUCGAAGCAAUAACUGCAAAGGGAUGUCAAGAGGCGUACAAUUACGAAAACUUAGAGACACUUGGAGAUUCUUUUCUAAAAUACGCUGUUAGUCAACAGCUUUUCAAGACCCGUCAAAACGAUCGAGAGGGUACCCUUUCCAAGCUCAAGGAAGAAGUCAUUUCCAAUGUUGCCUUGCGUAAAUUUGCUUCUGACAAAAAUCUUCCGGGUUUCAUACGAAUGGAAGCAUUUGAUCCAAAGAAGUGGAUCAUACCUGGCGAUAAGUCGAAGAGUCUCUUGUUAGAAGAAGGGUUGGUUUGCGGUGGAAGAACUAGCAUGUAUGUUGGUAGAAAGAGAAAAAUAGAACUCAAAAAGGUUGCUGAUGUCGUUGAGGCAUUAAUUGGUGCCUUUAUAAGCACAGAAGAUGAAGAAUCAGCUUUAUCGUUUAUUAAUUGGCUUGGAAUCGAGGUUGACACCAACAUUAAGCCUUAUGAGAGGCACCUUAGCAUUGACCCUGAGAAUCUUGUAAAAGUCAAAGAUUUAGAAUCUGUGCUGAAUUAUAAGUUUAAAGACCCUUACCUUUUAGUAGAGGCUCUCACCCACGGUUCUUACAAAGGACCAGAAAUUCGGACAUGUUAUGAGCGACUAGAAUUUCUUGGCGACGCAGUGUUGGACAAUUUGAUCACGAUGCAUCUCUACGGGGAAUAUGUCAAUGAAAAUUUUUCACCGGGAUUUCUGACUACCAUGAGGUCUAUUUCUGCGAAUAAUGAGUGCUACGCACUGUCAGCCAUUAAAGCUAAGCUUCACGAACACAUACUCUGUGACCCCGUAGUAGCAAAGAACAUUGAGAAGACAAUGAAAGGUGUUGAGAAUUUAUCUUUGGAUUCAACUUUCGGAUGGGAGCUAGAAACAUAUUUCUGUCCGGUGCUUGCAGAUGUUAUAGAGUCUAUAGCAGGAGCGAUUUUUGUUGAUUCAGGAUACAAGAAAGAGUUUGUUUUCAAAAGCAUAAGACCCCUUUUGGAACCACUUGUCACACCUGAAACAGCGAAGCGACAUCCUAUUUGUGAGUUGCAAGAACUGUGCCAGAAAAAUCAAUACAAAUUGACAGAGCACGAGCACCCCCCUGUCCGUGAAAACGAAGAAAUUUUGUUUAUAAUUGAGGUGAAAGCUAACAGGAUCACGCGAACUGCAAAGGCUUCUAAUAAGGAUACAGCUCGCAAAAUGGCCUCCAAGGAACUUUUAAAAGAAUUGCAGAUUUGCAAGUCUGUUGGCUAGUUCAUGUUGUACGCCCAAGGAAUGCUAUUAUAUCAAGGUUUUGUAAUCAUAUUAUAUGGUAUUUGGAGUGAAAUAAAAUAGAUUGAUGAACUAUCUGCAAUCGCAAUGAUUGGAAUCAAAUAGCCAUGUAAUAGAAAAUACCCUUAAA